AACAAAUCACCACUGCUGAAAAUAAUCCGUUGGUACCGUCAGUGGUGUAAACUCUUUGUCUUCCAUAUUAACUGGUGGCUUACUUAAGAAAAACAUCAAGAUUCAUUUGGUCUUCACGUUAAUUGUUAGAGGUGAUGCCUCUUAGCAGCUAACACGGGCACAAAAACCAUCGAAGGGCAAUGGCAGUCUAUUUUCAAAGUUGCGGCCUAGCAGACGAUUUUAAACAAGAAAACAUCUGGUAGCAUCAAACGUCUGGACGUGAGUUUGUGGUGUUCCAGGCUGAAGCGCAUCCCACCGAGUUGUGAACAUGCCUGCCGGGGUAUCAUGGACUCGCUACCUGCGGAUGUAUGGAGCCAGUAUCCUGGCAAUGUUUGCUGGUGCACAGGUGGUCCACCAAUACUACUUACCUGAUCUGAGUAUACCAGAGAUCCCACCAAAGCCCGGGGAGCUUCAGACUGAAUUGCUUGGCUUCAAAGUCAGAGAAGACAUCACCACAGCCAUUAAACAGCAACAAGAGAACCAACAGAAGCACUGAUAUGGAGGCACAUUGAAACAAUGGACACUUCUUAAACAUGACUAAGUUGUAGCUGGGACUUGUCAUUGGCUGCAAGGAAGACAUCUUGGUGCCUCAAAAUAAAUGUAAAAUGUUUGGGCUGUCUGAGUACAUUCAGGUAAUGUCAGUGAACUACAGUACUUAUCAGUGUGCCAGUUGAGACACAGCACAAGUGUUUAUUUUUCUCAUGCAUGAGUGCAAUAUACAGUAUAUUACCAUUUUCACUACAGCCUACCAUUCAUUUCUUUAAAAUGAAGCAAUAUGACACAGCCCAUCACAGUAAAGCCACUAAAUUAAUAUAUAUGUGUUCAAAGAUGUAGAGAAUAAAUAAAAUUGCUAUUUCAGUA